AUGACAGGCAAAAAGUUGGCCAACGGAGGCAAGAUUACCAAUUUUGGUAAGUACAAGAAUAGCUCAGCAGUUAUCCAGGCAGACGAGGGACAAUACCUCUUCCUUUUAACGCACCGCCUCCACACAGCGCCUCCAACACCAGCACCGCCUCCAACACCAACACCGCCUGUUAACAACACCGCCUCCGUCAACACCGCCUCCGUCAACAACACCGCCUCCAACACCAACACUGACACCAACACCGCCGCCGACACCAACACCGCCUCCGACAGACCAACACCGCCUGACACCAACACCAGCACCACCUCCAACACCAGCACUGCCAACAACACCGCCUCCAACAUCAACACCACCGGCACCCAGCACCGCCCCACAGCACCGCCUCCAACACCCACCGCCAACAACAACACCGCCUCCAACACCGCCUCCGUUAACAACACCGCCGUCAACAACAACACCUCCUAA